AUGGACGUUACGUUAUUCUUUCUUUCUUUCUUUCUUUCUUUCUUUCUUUCUCAGUCUGUUCAUAUCUAUCUAUCUAUCUAUCUAUCUAUCUAUCUAUCUAUCUAUCUAUCUGUAAUAAUAUCUAUCUAUCUAUCUAUCUAUCUAUCUAUCUACCUAUCUAUCUAUCUAUCUCUCGCCGCUUUCCAUAUCUGUCGAGCGAUAUAUCUUUCUAUCUCCGCUUUUCAUAUCUAUCUAUCUAUCUAUCUAUCUAUCUAUCUAUCUAUCUAUCUAUUUAUCUAUCUAUCUAUCUCCGCUUUUCACAUCUAUCUAUCUAUCUAUCUAUCUAUCUAUCUAUCUAUCUAUCUAUCUAUCUAUCUAUCUCCGCUUUUCACAUCUAUCUAUCUAUCUAUCUAUCUAUCUAUUGCCUCUUUUCAUAGCUAUCUAUUUAUCGAUAUAUCUAUCUAUCGCCGUUUUUCAUAUCUAUCUAUCGAUCUUGGAAUGGAAAAAAGUUAUCAGUUUCAAAUCUUUUCAUUUGUAUCCCCUUACUUUGAAUUUUAUCGCAAACAUUUAACAACAUUCACCAUUUAUCUAUCUAUCUAUCUAUCUAUCUAUCUAUCUAUCUAUCUAUCUCAGUUUGUUCAUAUCUAUCUAUCUAUCUAUCUAUCUAUCUAUCUAUCUAUGUCUGUUCAUAUCUAUCUAUCUAUCUAUCUAUCUAUCUAUCUAUCUAUCUCAGUCUGUUCAUCUCUCUCUCUGUCUCUGUCUGUCUGUCUGUCUGUCUGUCUGUCUCUCUCUCUCUAUAUAUAUAUAUAUAUAUAUGACGACUGA